AUGCGGACCAUCCCUGGCGACACCCCUCUCCUCGGCAUCAUAAGCCUCCAUGGUAGCCUCGGCCCUCGUCCCGGCCAGGGGGUCACCGCCGCCGCCGCCGCCGCCGGCCACCUCGGCCAGCAACCGCGAGACGCGGGGCUUGACGAUUGCGCGCAGCCUCUCCCUCUCGGAGUGGACGGCGAUCAUGACGCACUGCAGGGUCAGGAUGACGGCGUCGAGCAGCACCAGCUUGAGCUUGGAGGUGGGGGCCUUCUCGCCGAUGAAGUCGAUGACGACGCCGCCGUGCAGGUAGCCGCGCGAGGCCUCGCUCCCCUUGGGCAGCGCCCACAGCAGGUGCAUAAGCAUGCAGAAGAGGUUGGGGACCAGGACUGCUGCCGUGUGCGGCCGGUGCGUUGGCAUCAGCAUCACGAACUCGUCCGACUUUGGGCUGAGGAAGAAGGACUGAACCGCCAGGCGGAUGAGGAGGCGGAAGAUGGAGACACUAGAUUUUGUGGCCGGCCUUUCUCCUCUGCGCGACCGAGUCCGACCGGCGGCGCCGGGUUCCACUACCGGACGGGCGCGAAGAUUGCCCUGGAACCCCGGCGGUAG